AUGUCGUCCACUAAGACCGUGGAGGAGAGGAGGUCCUCGCCGGUGACGCCAGCCACGGAAGGCUUCGGCAGCCUUUUCAAAUUCAAGAUCCCCGAGGCCAAGUACGGCGUCCUGUUGACUGCGCUCGCGCUGUCUCUCAUUUACAUCGAUGCGUUUGCCACUCGACUCUUCUCGGUGCUGCGUUUCGAGAGCGUAAUCCACGAGUUCGAUCCGUACUUCAACUUCCGUUCUACCAAGUACCUCGUGUACGAGGGCAUCUACGAGUUUUUGAACUGGUUUGAUGAGGGCGCGUGGUAUCCUCUGGGCCGUAUCGUGGGUGGCACCGUGUACCCAGGCCUCAUGUUCACUGCGGGCGCUGUGUACCACGUGCUCCACGCCCUCAACAUCACCAUCGACAUCAGGAAUGUGUGCGUGUUGCUGGCCCCCUGGUUCGCCUCGAACACUGCCAUCGUUACCUACUUCUUCACCAAGGAGAUUCACUCCAAGUCGGCCGGUCUCGUUGCGGCAGCUAUGAUUGCUGUUGUUCCUGGUUACAUCUCGCGUUCGGUCGCUGGUUCGUUUGAUAACGAAGGCAUUGCCAUCUUCGCCCUCAUCCUCACCUACUACUGCUGGGUCAAGUCUGUCAACACCGGCUCGCUCUUCUGGGCUGCCAUGUGCUCGCUGUCCUACUUCUACAUGGUGUCCGCGUGGGGAGGCUACAUCUUCAUCAUCAACUUGAUCCCUCUGCACGUUCUCACGCUGCUGAUCACCGGCCGCUUCUCGAGCCGCCUCUACGUCGCCUACUGCACGGUCUACACCCUCGGCACUCUGCUCUCCAUGCAGAUCAACUUCGUCGGCUUCCAGCCCGUCCAGUCGUCCGAGCACAUGGCCGCCCUCGGCGUCUUUGGUCUGCUCCAGCUCUACUGCUUCAUCAACUGGCUGCGCUCGUUCCUGCCCCCCGACUCCUUCCGCAUCAUCUUCAGGACCGCCAUCCUCACCGGUGGUGCCCUUCUCGCCCUCGCUGUCGCCGUCGGCACCUACACCGGCUACAUUUCGCCCUGGACCGGCAGGUUCUACUCGCUCCUUGACCCCACCUACGCCAAGGACAACAUCCCCAUCAUCGCGUCCGUCUCCGAGCACCAGCCUACCACGUGGGCCUCGUUCUUCUUCGACUUGCACUGCCUCGUGUUCCUCUUCCCCGCCGGUCUCUACUUCUGCUUCCGCAAGCUGACCGACGCCAACAUCUUCGCCAUCCUCUAUGGCGUGACCAGCGUGUACUUCUCUGGUGUGAUGGUCCGUUUGAUGCUCGUGUUGGCCCCCAUCGCUUGCGUCCUCUCGGCCAUUGCCAUCUCUACCACCCUCAAGACCUAUUCCAAGUUCUUGAAGAGGAGCCCCAGCGCCAAGCCCAAGAAGGGCGAGGCCGUCUACGCCGGACAGAAGGAGAUCGCCUGGGUGGUCAUCACCGGCAUCAGCAUCCUCCUCAUCUUCUACACCUUCCACUGCACCUGGGUUACCGCCGAGGCCUACUCGUCGCCCUCCAUCGUCCUGGCUGCUCGCGGCCACGGCGGCAGCAAGAUCAUCUUCGACGACUUCCGUGAGGCCUACUACUGGCUCAGGCAGAACACCAAGGAGGACGCCAGGGUUAUGUCCUGGUGGGAUUACGGCUACCAGCUCAGCGCCAUGGCCAAUCGAACGGUCAUCGUGGACAACAACACGUGGAACAACAGUCAUAUCGCGCAGGUCGGUAAGGCCAUGUCGGCCUACGAGGACGUCGCCUACGAUGUCAUGCAGAAGCUGGACGUCAACUACGUCCUGGUCAUCUUCGGCGGUCUCACCGGCUACUCGUCCGACGACAUCAACAAGUUCCUGUGGAUGGUCCGUAUCGGUGGUUCGACCGACCCGAGCAUCAAGGAGGAGGACUACUACUCCAAGGACAAGAGGUUCACCAUCGACCGCCACGGCUCGGACAAGAUGUUGAACUGUCUCAUGUACAAGCUCUGCUACUACCGCUUCGGCCAGGUCUACACCGAGCAGGGCCAACCCCAAGGCUACGAUCGUGUGAGGAAUGUGGAGAUCGGUAACAAGAACUUCGAGCUCGAGCACCUGGAGGAGGCCUACACCACGCAGCACUGGCUCGUCCGCAUCUACAAGGUCCUCCCGCCCAUGAACCGCGGUUAA